AUGGCACCAAAAGGAGAGAAGAAACCAGCGGAGAAGAAACCAGUAGAAGAGAAAAAAUCCACAAUAGCCGAGAAGACUCCGGCUGAGAAGAAACCCAAGGCCGGAAAGAAGCUGCCUUCUAAGGACGGCGCCGCCGGAGACAAGAAGAAGAAGAGAAACAAGAAGAACGUGGAAACCUACAAGAUUUACAUCUUCAAGGUUCUGAAACAAGUUCACCCUGACAUUGGUAUCUCAAGCAAGGCCAUGGGUAUAAUGAACAGUUUCAUCAACGAUAUCUUCGAGAAGCUUGCUGCUGAAUCUUCAAGACUUGCGAGGUACAACAAGAAGCCGACGAUAACUUCGAGGGAAAUUCAGACUGCGGUUAGGCUUGUUCUUCCUGGAGAAUUGGCGAAGCAUGCUGUGUCUGAGGGUACCAAAGCUGUAACCAAGUUCACAAGCGGUUAG